AUGGCAAACAUCCUAGCAGGAAGUUACGGGGCAUCAAUAGACCAUUCAACGUUCAAUGUGAAUACCACCUAUCAAACGGUGACUGGGUCUAGAGGAUUCGACAUCUUGACAAGAGCCGUUGCUCCGACUGCCUUCCACAACUCAGACGACCGACCCGAUCCUCCAAAAUGCCACGAGAACACGAGAGUGGCGGUCAUCAAGAGGAUAAUGGACUGGGUGACGGGCAAGAUCGAUACAGAGGCCUUCAUGCUCUGGAUGUAUGGGCCCGCUGGCGCAGGCAAGUCUGCCAUCGCCCGUAGCGUGGCCCAGCUAUGCGAGGCGCAAAACCUUCUCCUUGCUAGCUUCUUGUUCUUUCGCCCAAAUCCGCGACGCAACACCAUGGACCCACUGGUAGCCACCCUCGCAUAUCAAAUCGGCCUAGUUGUUCCCGCUGCCCGGGCCCACAUCGAACCUGUUGUGGAAGCUCAUCCCCUUAUUCUUUCUUACUCCCGUGAGCGCCUUGAGGAACAAUUCAUCAAGCUCAUCUUUGAACCCCUUCGACUACUUUCGGAACAAGGCCACUUCUCACAAAAUCCAUUACCUCCAUUGAUCGUCAUCGACGGCCUCGACGAAGGCGUGCAGACCACACUCGUCCGAGUUCUCUUCUCUUUAGCAUCCCGUUACCAACUCCCUCUCAAAUUCUUGAUCGCAAGUCGUCCGGAGGUGCACAUCAAACCUGCCUUCGAGGCCAUUUCACCCGUUUCCCAUCUCGAACUCAAUGACGACUUUAGCCCCGACGAGGAUAUCCAGCUGUUUCUCAGGGACAAAUUUCAAGAGAUCAAGACCUGUCACCCCUUUCGCUCGCAUAUCUCGUCGGAUUGGCCCAAUGAACGGACAUUGUACGACUUGGUCUAUAAGGCCUCUGGCCAAUUUAUAUACGCAUCGCUCGCUGCGCGCUUUGUCGACUCACCUCGUCAUUUACCCACCCAGCGUCUCGAGAUCCUCCUUGACAUUUGUCCAUCCACCAAUCGCGACCUUCCUUUUGCAGAACUCGACAACCUCUAUACAUGGCUCCUUUCUCGCGUCGAGGAUCCACCCUUGGUUUUGCAGAUCCUGGGAGUUUGCAUCACUCUCAGAGAGAGACACUCCUCUGCUUUUAUUCACAUCAUAGAAUUUAUAAUAGGCUUAGAGGGUGGUCAGCUGGUCUUUGCUCUCGCUGAUCUUGGUUCAAUUCUUCAAUGUGAUCAGAACAAAAUUGCAUUCCACCACCGUUCCUUUGAAGAUUUCCUUCUCAAUCCACAAAGGUCAAAAGAUUACUACAUUGAUGCUCACAAAGGUCAUACAGCCAUUGCCCAAAGGGUCCUUCAAGCUUGUAGGAGAACCAGUGCCAUGCCAAUUCUGGACUCCGAAACCAGGAGUGUCAUCUACAAGAUUAGGCUGGAGAAUCAUCUGGCACUCUCAUAUGCCUCACCUGAACUGGAAGAUGAUCUCAACCAUUUUUCCUUUGGGCUAUAUGCACAUGAAUAUGCAAUUGCUUGCUCAUUCAGGACACCCAAAAAUCAAGAUAUCUUAAAGAGAAUGCUGUGGAAACCAUUUAGACUCUUAAAGUAUUUGAAAGAAAAUGACAACAAAUUUGACCUCUAUCACCACUACUCAGAGGACUUCACAAAUCAUAUUAUCUCUUGGUUUGAAGGCUGCUCAUGUCCAGAGAGAUUUCAUCUCCUGAGCACUAUGUGGUUUGCUUGUUAUACAGCUCCAAGGUCACGACUAGGAUGCACUGAGACCUUUCUUCACUCUUCAAUAAUUGAGUCUGGAACUUCUCAGUGGAAGAACCUAUGUGCCUCUCUUCUUGGUUUUAGCAUUUCUGACCUCAACUGGGAAGAUAAUUAUUACAGAUUUCUGCAUUAUACGGCUUACACAUUGAAUAGCAGCCAGAAAAUUAUGGCAUCCUCAACUAUGAUUGAUUGCCUACAUGGGGGCCUCCCUGUGUUUAUGGGCCGACUCGCUCCAGAGCAUAUAUUGUCCGACCGGCUCACACAUGUUGCAAUUGCAUGUAUACAAUAUCUACAUCGACGUUGCUCUGGAAGGAAGACACGCCAAACCCUCCGCCAACUUACGGUCUUUGCCAGAAAGUCGAGACUCUCGCCGUGGUUGUGGAGACAGCGGACACGGGGUGCUACAGCCCAGCCUAUUCGAAGGAUGCGUUACCUAGAGACAUAUCGAUCAUCACCAUAUCAAAGUCUCUACCGAGUACAGGAAACUAUAUGCUUCAAGACUCAUUAUAUGCAACCUGGGGUGGUGCGGAAAAUGUACCGGUGGACCCUCGAAAUCCUCGACGGGGCCCUGCGCAAAGGUGGGAAGUCGGACGAACUCACAAACAUCCUCUCAACGACAAUUGAACUUUGGCCUUUGUCUGUUUUCUUCCCGUGCCGCGUGAGACGCAUCAAGAGAGCGAUCGCCAUUUACAUGGACAAGGUCGGACCACAAGCCGAGAGUCCCGAGGGUAAUGAAGCAGGCUUGGAGGGUGAUUUGCAGUACGAAGAGGAUGGGGACCGUUUCGAGGAACUCUCGGAUGAGGAGUAUUUUUCUUGUCCUGAAUCUUCGUAG